UGCGAGCGACCUUUCAGAAGCGGCGGCUCCCUUUGCGGGGCCCACUGAGGUAGGUCGGCGGUUACCCAGAUGGGUACUAAAAAAUUAUUGGUGUUUUGGGAAUGUGCUCCAUCGCGCCACCAAGAGAACAGCUCGCCGGUUUGGCCGGCGCAUGUUGUGCUGUCAGCCUCCUCCUCCACCUCCUCAGCCCUCUUCCUUAUUAAUCCGGUCGAUUUAAUUUUUUGCUUGAUCUUGCGCACAUUUUCCUUAAUUUUGGCUCCCUCACUCCGCCCCAGCGCGACAAUCCAAGCGGAGGAAGGGGGAAGACGGCCCUCGUGAGACCGAGAUUUCUCUCACCGGGAAAGCUCGAUUAGGUGAUCCGAAUAAGGGUUCAGAUAAGUCUUUUCUGUCUUCUCUGGAGGAUUUGUGGUUCAACUAGUUGAUUUUUUUUUUGGGGGGUGGUGGGUGGGGUUGGGAGGGGAGGAGAAUCGGAUCUUGUAACCAAAUCGAGUUUUUGUUGACUGAGCGAAACCCGUCUUUCGAUUUGAAAUAUUCUUUUCGGUGUGUUGUGGCGGCUUAGACGGGGAAAAGUGGAGCUUUUGUUUCGUGCUCUAGAGUUUUCCUGGCCCCUUUCAUCGAUUGAGAGAAGACCCAUCAACCCAAUCACCUCCCAUUCCGCUGCCUUUGCCCUUUGUUUCUCUUGGAAACAGUUGAUUCGUUCUGGUUUACAGAUCACAUAUAUAGCAAUCAAAACAAAAUAAGUGAAUUUUCUUUUUUGUUGAGAAAGGUUUUAGGUUUAGAUUGUACUUGAAAUAGAAAUGGGCAAGCCGACUGCCAAGAAGAAGAGUUCAGGAAGUAAACACAGUAAUACAAACUCGAAGCACAGCAAAUCCAACGAGCACAACCCAAAAGUCUACGAUGAGGAUACGACAAUAUUCAUCGACAUGGCUCGGGAUUUAAAAGAGGAGGGCAACAUGUUGUUCCAGAGGCGGGAGUUUGAGACAGCGUUGCUGAAGUAUGAGAAGGCCACUAAGCUGCUUCCGAAGAACCACAUUGAUCUUGCAUACCUCCACAGCAACAUAGCAGCUUGUUAUAUGGAGAUUAGCCCUGAGGAUUACCACCUUGCAAUAAACGAGUGUAAUCUAGCCCUCAAGGUCUCACCCAAUUACAGCAAAGCCCUACUGAAGAGGGCCAGGUGUUUUGAAGUCUCGAACAGGUUGGAUUUAGCCUGUAAAGAUGUCGAUCUUGUUUUGAGUUCAGAACCGAACAACCUCACAGCAUUGGAGAUUUCGGAACGAGUGAAGAAGGAAAUGGAGAAAAAGGGCAUUGUAUUAGAUGAUAAGCCACUUUUUCCACUGCCAGAAUCCUUGACAGUGAAAGAAAAGCCAAGGAAGAUGAAGAAUAGCCACAAGUCCAUGAAGAAGCUAGUUGAUAUGCAGGAGAAAUAUGCUGAAGUUAAGGAGAAGCCUAUGAAGAGCAUGAAGUUAGUUUUUGGGGAAGACAUAAGAUUGGCUCAGAUACCAGCUGAUUGUACAAUGUUGCAGUUGAGGGAGAUUGUUGGCAGCAAAUUUCCAAGCUUGAAAGCUGUCCUUAUCAAAUAUAAGGAUAAAGAGGGUGAUUUGGUAACAAUCACUACAUCUGAAGAGCUGAGAUGGGCGGAAAAAUCUGCAGACUCGCCAGGGUCUGUUAGGCUGUUUAUUGUUGAAGUUAGUCCUGAGUUUGAACCUUUGCUUGAAGAGGAAAAAAACAGCUCUUCAAGGAGGAAGCUGGACAGAGAAAAUAAUUGCAUAUCUGAAAGUGGGAACACAAGACGUGAUGAUGACAGGGUCUCUUCAGUUUAUGUUGAUGACUGGAUUGUGCAAUUUGCUCAGCUAUUCAAGAACCAUGUUGGAUUCAGCUCUGAUGCAUCUCUGAACCUUCAUGAAUUGGGAACGAAACUAUAUUCAGAUGCAGUGGAAGAGACAGUCACAAGCGAAGAGGCACAGGAAAUUUUUCAACUUGCUGAGGAUAAAUUUCAGGAGAUGGCAUCUCUGGCCUUGUUUAACUGGGGAAACGUGCAUAUGUCGCGAGCAAGGAAAAGAUUGUCCUUACCAGAAAAUGCCUCAAACGAGUCACUGCUUGCACAGAUGAAAACUGCAUAUGAAUGGGCUCAGACUGAGUAUGUUAAAGCGGGAAAGUGUUAUGAUGAAGCCUUGGAAAUUAAGCCUGACUUCUAUGAAGGUCGUGUUGCGCUUGCGCUGCAACAGUUUGAGCAAACAAAACUUUCAUGGUAUUAUGCAAUUGGAAGCAAGGCAGAUUUGGAGAAGUGGCCAUCAUCGGAAGUCCUAGAGCUAUUCAACCAUGCCGAGGAUAAUACUGAAAGGGGAAUGGAGAUGUGGGAAGAGAUAGAAGAUCAGCGGUUAAAGGGACUAUCUAAACCCAACAAGGAAAAAACCUUGUUGCAAAAGAUGGAUCUUGAAGACUACUUCACAGAGCCCUCAACUGAUGAGGCAGCAGAAAUUGCUUCAAAUAUGAGGUCUCAGAUAAAUAUAUUAUGGGGAACCAUUCUUUAUGAGCGGUCUGUUGUGGAAUUCAAAUUAGGCAUUCCAAUGUGGGAAGAGUGCCUUAAGGCAGCGGUAGAUAAAUUUAAGCUAGCAGGUGCUUCUCCAACUGACAUUUCUGUUAUGAUAAAAAACCACUGUGCCAAUGAAACUGCCCAAGAAGGAUUAGGCUUCAAGAUUGAUGAGAUAGUUCAGGCAUGGAAUGAGAUGUAUGAUGCAAAAAAGUGGAUAAGCGGUGUUCCAUCAUUUAGGCUUGAGCCUUUAUUGUGGCGAUGAGUCCCGAAGCUGCAUGAUACAUUGGAGGCAUCAGUUUAGAAUUUAUGGGCAUUAUUGAGAAUAUCAAACCGUAUUUUGCUAUCUGCUGUCUGUGUUUUAAAUAGGUAUGUUUUAGUUCAUGGGCCGGUGCAUCUAAUUGUUUACUUUUGCGUAGAAGAGUUCGUUUCCGGAGUCAUAGCAAAAUUCUUUUUUUUCCCUCUCGUGUACCGGUCUGGCGAUACUUGCUCGUAGAACUGAACUUCCGUGUGGGAGUGCUUUUUUCUUCCUUUCAUGCACCAGGCCGGGGAUCCUGGUGCUAUAUACGUCUUGAUACUUGCUCAUGGAGCAUAACUUCUAUGGAGUUGAGAGCCUGACCAGCCCUCUUCAUGUUGGUUGCAGAAUUUUGAUUCUUUGUUUCUAAUGUUUUCCCUAGCAUAUUGUAUGUUAGUAUUCAUUUGUGCUAAAGUCUUGUUCUUCAUCUGUUGCAUAUUCAUUUUUUUGACCAUUAUGCUUCUGGUCUGUAUCGAACAUACAGGUUAUUCAUUUCAGAAAAAAAAAUAAUUUGAAUAAAUUACUCUGGUAAUUUAUGGUC